GGGGUUGUAUUCGCUAUAACAACCGCCUCGCUCUACAUUAACCCUUACAUAGCUACGUCCAGAAAGAUUCGGACUUUAAUAAUGCCAUACGCUUUAAUCUUAGCCUCCCUCACAAGUUUGCCAGCUUAGCUAUCUAUAUGUUGUUGCUAAGUAACGUUACAAAUGCUUAAAAUAACGUUAAUUUAAUGGAAAGUUUUUUUUUUAUUUUAUGGUUAAAUGGUAUGGUAAAAUAAGCAUAAUAUGUUGACAAUAUUUUGGCUUUGUUUUCUGCCUGGCUGUGUAAUGUUUUUCAAACAUCGAGAUAUUACGCUGGAGGCUGGUCACCAAAUAAUAACAGAGUGACUGUUCGCAUUCAGCAUAGAGGAUCUUUGUCCGCGGGUAUGCACCAGUAGGAAGGCGCCUUUUGACAGAAGGCAGCAAGAGUGUGGUGUGGACUCGGGGCGGCGACCGGUCAGUGGAAUAACAGCGGACCCUUCAUGGACAGGACGGCCGUGGUGAAGGUCGGAGCCGCGGCCAGCGCCAGCGUCUGUGCCCUGUUCGGCGGCGUGGUUCUGGCCCAGUACAUCGUCGCCAAGAAGAAGCGAGCGGGCAAGAAAACCAGGAUCAUAGAAAUGAUGCCUCAGUUUGAAAAGUCGACGGUCCACAUGAGGGACCCCGAGAGGGUGGAGCAGAUCAUCUGUGGCCUCAUCAAAGGAGGAGCUUCCAAACUACAGAUCAUCACAGACUUCGACAUGACGUUGAGCAAGUUCGCCAUCAACGGCAAGCGCUGUCCGUCGUGUCACUAUAUCAUCGAGAACUGCAGACUGGUGUCCGAGGAGUGCAGACAGAAGCUGCUGCAGCUCAAGAAUAAAUACUACCCCAUCGAGAUCGACCCUCAUCUCACCAUGGAGGAGAAAUACCCAUUCAUGGUGGAGUGGUAUUUCAAGUCUCACACGCUGCUUGUGGAGCAGCGGAUAGAGAAAGACAAACUGCCAGAGAUGGUGAGAGAGUCUGACGCUGCACUCAGGGAAGGCUAUGAGCAGUUCUUUGACCGCCUGCAGCAGCACAAUGUGCCCGUCUUCAUCUUCUCGGCUGGCCUGGGCGACGUCCUGGAGGAAAUCCUCCACCAGGCCGGAGUCUACCACCCCAACGUCAAAGUGGUGUCCAACUUCAUGGACUUUGACGAAAACGGCGUCCUGAAGGGUUUCAAAGGCGAGCUCAUCCACGUGUACAACAAACACGACGGCGCCCUGCGGAACACGGACUACUUCAAACAGGUGAAGGACUACUCCAACAUCGUUCUAUUGGGGGACUCGCUGGGGGACCUCAGCAUGGCCGACGGCGCGCCCAACGUGGAGAACAUCCUCAAGAUCGGCUUCCUCAACGACAAGGUGGAGGAGCGGCUGGACAAAUAUCUGGACUCUUAUGACAUCGUCCUGGUGAAGGACGAGACUCUGGAGGUGCCCAACGCCAUCCUCCAGAAGGUUCUAUAACUCCACGCUCAACCUCCCGCACCCCCCCCCCCCCCCAAUCCUCUCCUCCCAUCAACCCCCUUCCAGCUUUGGGCCUGUCAGACUUCUAACACCAACCUAAACCUUUGUCGAUGGUCCUACCCCUCCUCUAGCUCUGGUUCCCCCCCCCCCCCCCCUCCUCUUUAAAAGCCUUUUUUAUUUUUUUAUUUUCAAGACAUCUCCUGAAUGAACAGUUUUAAAAAGUCAACACAGCAGCAUCAGCCUGUCUCUGGUGUGUUUUGUCCAUUUGAAUUGUUUCUGAUGUUCUCUCAAAGUCGUUUCAUGAUAAAACAACAACAGAAUAACCAAAAAGUGAGGUAAAAACCCACAAACUCUCACUCCAGUCUUUAUAAUUUGCACCUUAUGGUUGGCAUUUUGGAUUAUAUUUCUUAUGGUAAUAAUUGUAUACCAGAAAGCAGGCGCCUACCGACUGACACAGUGUUUUCUUUGAGCUGUCCCGACACGUCCGUCACCUCGGUUCCUCUGAUCCUGGGACUCUGGUCAGACAGGGGAAAGGAGGCCGUUUUGCAUCUGCAAAAGCUUGCUGGUCCUUUAAAGUAAUUCAGUACAUACAGGACCUUGGGAAAAUUAAAUUCCUAGUCAAAAUUACGUGUUGCAAGGUGAUGGCAGCAAUAUAAUAACCACUGUCACAGUAUUGGUUUUACGAGAAUAAUGGAUUCAGCUCGUUAACGUGAAACUCCGAUGAUGAGAGGAAACGCACUUUAAAUUCUGUGUACGGGGGAAUCGGCCUGUACACGAACAUAUGUGUCAGUAAUGUUGAUUUGUGGAUGUAGGAACACAGAAAAGCCAUGUUUACGUUAAUAAAAGCUUCUUUUUUUUUUUGUUGGCAUCAUAUCAACA